UACCGACACCGGAGAAGCGACCAUGCUGUGGAAACUAGUUGAGAAUGUCAAGUAUGAAGAUAUUUAUGAGGACCGGCAUGACGGUGUCUCGAGCCACAGCUCGCGCCUGUCCCAGCUGGGCUCGGUAUCGCACGCGGGACCCUACUCCAGCGCGCCGCCGCUGUCUCACGCGCCAUCGUCGGACUUCCAGCCACCGUACUUUCCGCCGCCGUACCAGCCGCUCGCUCACUACCAGAGCCAGGAUCCGUACUCCCACGUCAGCGACCCGUACUCUCUGAACUCCCUGCACCAGAGCCAGCAGAGCGCAUGGGGGGCGCGGCAGCGGCAGGACGCCACCGGGGAGCGGAUGGAUAGCUCGGCUCUGUUGGCGCAGCCUCGGGCCUCGCUGCCUCAGCUGCCCGGGCUGGACCCGCGGAGGGACUACGGUGUGCGGCGGCCUGAUGUGCUGCUGCACUCCGCUCACCCGGGACUGGAGCCCGGGAUGGGAGACGGACUGCUGCACGGGCUGCACGGUAUGGAGGAUGUUCAGACUAUUGAGGACACCAACGGCACCAACAUCCUGGAUCAAUCAGUAAUUAAGAAAGUCCCCAUGCCACCCAAAAACAUGGGCUCCCUGAUGCUCGGCAAGGACGGCCUCAUCGGUGGAGUCACCGUCAACAUCAACGAGGUGUUCUGCUCGGUACCGGGCCGCCUGUCGCUGCUCAGCUCCACCUCCAAGUACAAAGUGACCGUAGGGGAGGUGCAGAGGAGACUGUCCCCGCCCGAGUGCCUCAACGCCUCCUUGUUGGGGGGCGUGUUGAGAAGAGCAAAGUCCAAAAACGGUGGGAAGUGUCUGAGAGAAAAGCUGGAGAAGAUUGGACUCAAUUUACCUGCUGGAAGACGCAAAGCUGCCAACGUCACAUUACUAACAUCUCUUGUAGAAGGUGAAGCGGUCCACCUGGCCCGGGAUUUCGGUUACAUCUGCGAGACGGAGUUCCCCACCAAAGCCGUGAGCGAGUACCUCAACCGGCAGCACGCGGACCCCAACGAGCUGCACACGCGGAAAAACAUGCUGCUGGCGACAAAACAGCUGUGUAAGGAGUUCACAGACCUGCUGGCCCAGGAUAGGACUCCCCUGGGCAACUCAAGGCCCAGCCCCAUCCUGGAACCCGGCAUCCAGAGCUGCCUCUCCCACUUCUCCUUCAUCACGCACGGCUUCGGCUCGCCCGCCAUCUGCGCCGCGCUCACCACCCUCCAGAACUACCUCACCGAGGCUCUCAAAGGACUCGACAAGAUGUUUCUCAACAACCCUCCCAACAACCGGCACGGGGACGGCGGCAACAAGGCCGACAAAGAGGAGAAGCAGCGGAAAUGAAGCAGGAGGGGAGGCAAUGAAGGAGAGCCAAAAGGGAGGCAGACACACAGACAGAGGCGUUACACCGUUACUUCUAGCUUUACACCACUGCCACUGACCUGCCACACACAGGGCCGAGGUGGAGGAGGAGGAGGAGGAGGAGGAAGAGGAGGAAGGCUUGACAGAGAGAAAAAAAGGCAGAGGAAGACACCUGUGGGCCAGUGUCAGAGAGCACAGAGGGAUGUUUCAUCUGUGUUACGUUCUUUUCAUUCCCCUGAGGACAUGAUGGUUACUGUGUUACAUCCAUUUCGCUCCCCCUGCCUGCAUCCCGUAAGACUGAGAUGCUGUGAGCAGCCAACAAACAACAUUGUGUGUGUGUGUGUGUGUGGCUGAGUGAGUGUGUGUGCGCGCUUGUGUUUGUCCUCACACACAAAAAGCAUUGUGGGUAUGAAGAUUGA